UUCCUCCUCGCGCCGGCUCGAGGGCGCACGCGCGAAAACCGCCGCUGCCGUCGCCGCUUCUUCCUCCUCUUUUCUGGGCUGCGUAUGGCAAGCCCCGCCCACUCCCCGUACUGUAUUAUUAUUAUUUUUUUGAUGUGCGCUGUGCGGUGAGUGAAUAAGGGAGCGCGCGGAGGUGCGCGUGCGCGCUGGAGCGGCUACGGCGCAUGCGCUUCGCUUUGGGCGCUCCCUCUGAGGGAAGCAGCAGCAGCAGCAGCGGGAGCCUCGAUCAUGGGGAAUUCAGAAGGAAGUUGCCCUUGAUUGCUGCUCUCCAUAAAAUGCCAAAGAGGAGUUUGGAAGUUGUGCCUGUGCAGAUGUUCCAAGGUUGAAGUGAAACUGCUCUGUUAGUUACUGCUGCUCAGUACAGCCUUUCAGGCAUCCUUCUCCUAAAGAACCAAGAACAUAAGGAGCCAUAUAUGAUAAAAGCCAAAUGGGAAGAUUUUCCAGCAAGAUUUGGAACUGGACUUGCUUAUUCUACACCAUCCAUCUUUCCUGAGUCUUCAGUGCCACUUCCUUUUUUUUAAUUUACUGGUCUUCUAGCCCAGCUAUUUAUUUUAUAAUUUAAUUCUGUCUGUCACCUGACAAGUUAGGUGUCAGACGCUUUCUAUCGCCUGAAUGGACAGGGACACUUUUGCUUAUUCCACCAAGUUUUUUCGCGAUUAUAGCGGCCCAACUCGGGGCGCAAGCUGCCAAUCCCACGAACAUGUUGACUACAUCGAGAAGCCAGAAAUAUUCACUUAUGCAGACUUUUUCAAGGAUUACUUGAUCCCCAAUGACCCCUGUGUUUUCUCUGCCAAGUUCACUGAGGGCUGGGGCAGCAGGAGGAAGUGGGUGACUCCUGAUGGGAAGCCUAACUUUGAGUUUCUUCUGCGGACUUUUGGGGAAGCUGUAGUACCCGUUGCCAACUGUGAUGUCAAGGAAUACAAUUCUAACCCAAAGGAACAUCUUAAACUCAAGGAAUACAUAAGUUAUUGGAGAGAACACAUUAAAAAAAGCUACCGGUCGCCCCGGGGGUGCCUUUACCUCAAGGACUGGCACCUGCACAGGGCUUUCUCGGAGCAAGAUGUUUACACCACUCCCAUCUAUUUCUCAUCUGACUGGCUGAAUGAAUACUGGGAUGCCAUAUCAGUGGACGACUAUCGCUUUGUCUACAUGGGACCUAAAGGCUCAUGCUGGUCGGCCAACAUUUGCGGGAAAAAGAAAUGGCUAGUCUUCCCCCCGGGGCAGGAGGAGUUCCUCCGCGAUCGCCAUGGUCACUUGCCAUUUGACAUCACUGCACCCGACCUGAAGAAGAGCAACCUUUACCCUCGCUAUGCCCAAAGCAGCCCUCCUGUUGAAAUCAUACAGGAAGCUGGAGAGAUUGUCUUCAUCCCGAGCGGAUGGCACCAUCAGGUUUACAAUCUGGAAGAUACAAUCUCCAUCAACCACAACUGGGUGAACGGAUGCAAUGUAGCCAUCAUGUGGAGCUUCCUCCAAGAUGAACUAGCUGCUGUCCAGCGGGAGAUCAGAGAAUGGAGAGACAGCAUGGAAGAUUGGCACCUGCAAUGCCAGGUGUUGAUGAAGUCUUACACAGGAAUCGACUACAAGGAAUUCUACAACUUCCUCAAAAUCAUUGCAGAAAACCGGAUUUAUGUCCUUGAAAACCACCAUUCUGAAGAAGAUGCCUCCAAGCAUUCGUACAGAGCUGCCAUCUCCGGCCUGGGAAUGCUGCAUGCAGUCUUUGACUUGAAAAGGACUGCAAAGGUCUUGACCUCUUUGAAUGCCAACGAGGAAUUCAAGAAACUGAACCCAGAGACCCUUUCCCCUCCUCCUCAGGCGCUGCUGCACCGCCUGAAAGCAGCGAUAGAUACAGCCCUCCUCUAGUUCCCCAUUUUGAUUUUGACCACUUGCAGAAAUGCUUCUUUUGCAAGCUGGGUGCAUGCUGAUAGGUUAUGUCGAUCGCCCCAUUUAGAAGCCGUAAGCACAAUGGAUUUUAGUGACCGAGUAAAGAAUACAGAACCAGAGGCAUAAUGUUAGGGAAUCUAAGCAUCUAGGAAACUGGCAGUAGUUGGAAAAGGAGAGCAUCCCUCGGUGAGAUGUUCUGUUUCCUCAGUGACUAAUAUGGCCACUUAUUUGCACCAGUAUUUUUAAGCCCUUUGGGCUGCAACCCUAUAUGGCAGAGAUGGAGCUCCUGCGUCCCUCCAGAUGAUGAUGUACUACAACCGGUCAUUCUUGUUUACCUUGCUGGCUGCAGCUGAUGGGACUUGGGAGUCCAGCAGCAUCUCGAGGGCCACAGACUCCUCAUCCUCUGCUCUGCAUUCUCACCUGGGAGUAUGACUUAU